CUUGCAAGGGCAAGUGGCUUCGUUUUAACUGUCAUCUGAUGGGAAGAAGGCGUAGUAGUUAGAAGCACGUGAUGGAGGAAGAGAAAACGGAACUUACUCAUGAGAUGGCAACAGAUGAAAAAACACUGUCUUCGUUGGACCUAAGUGAAGAACAGGCUCAUUCUCCAAGCAGCCCCUCUCAUCUUACUCAUUUCAAACCUCUUACCCCAGAUCCAGAAGAACCUCCUUUCAAAUCUGCUUACAGCUCAUUUGUAAAUCUCUUUCGGUUCAGCAAAGAUGAUGGUAGGCCUGCAUUGCCUUUUGAAAAAGAAGAAUCUGGACAGAAAAACAAACAAGAAGGAAGAACAAGCUUGUCCAGUCCUCAAAGAGUAGGAAGAUUCCAAUCUGUUCAUUCUCCUCGUGUUCUGAAAAAAACUCACACUAUGGAGACACAGCGACGAGCUUCGACUGCUUCAGAGUGUCACAGGAAAACAGACCCAUCUCUUGGCCAUGAUCCCAGGACGGCAGUACAACUUAGAAGUCUUAGUACAGUUCUCAAACGCCUUAAAGAGAUAAUGGAAGGAAAGAGUCAGGACAGCGAUUUGAAGCAAUAUUGGAUGCCAGACAGUCAGUGCAAGCAAUGCUAUGAUUGCAAUGAGAGGUUUACAACUUUCAGACGCAGGCACCAUUGUCGAUUGUGUGGUCAGAUCUUCUGCAGUCGCUGCUGUAAUCAGGAGAUUCCAGGAAAAUUCAUGGGCUAUACUGGUAGGUAUCUAAAUGUACCAGUGGGAGGAGAGUGUACAAUUAAAUAUGAACUAAGAGUCCUUUCAAAAGGACUCACAUUUAUUCCCACUACAUUUAGUAAACCUGAUGAAACUUUACGUGAUUUUAAAUUAUUUAUUCAUAAUUUGUCAUUAAAAAUUGAGUUUCAAGACAGAGAUAUAGUCACAACACAAGAAAUAAGGAAACCCAGCACUUAUGUUCCACUUGUUCAGCCUCUGAUAGCAGCUUUUAGUAAAUUGGUAGAAGAUGACCUCUACCGUUUAGGUCAGGAAAAUGUUUCAAAUAAAAAGAAAUCAUUUAAUCUCACAUUUAAAGAAAGACAAGCUUUGAAGGGAUUACGUAAUAACUUUAACAUAGUUCUAAAACCAGCAGACAAAGGGAGUGGAUUGGUUAUUAUGGAUACAGUGAGAUAUAAUAGGGAUAUGGAUUUUAUGCUUGGUGAUACUGGUUCUUGUAUCCCAUUGGCAAUAGAAGAUGUUAAACCUAUUAUAGUUAGGAUACAUAAUAUGUUGUUAGACCUUCUAAAAAGUGAAAUUAUUGAUUAUAAGGAACAAAAGCGAUACUAUGACUUAAUUCAUGUGGAGACCCCUGCACCUGCAGCUGUCCCUCCAGUGCUAUCUGAUUUCCUAGAUGCCUUUGCAUCAACUUCCAAGACCCUAGAAUCGCAGGCACCAGCUCCUAAAGACAUGACCAUUUCUUUAAGGUCCCUGAAGAUUGCAAAUUGUUUAUUUAAAUGCUCUUCAGCAGAUCCUUCUGUCAUUUCUAUCACCUCAGAUAAAUCCUCUCCGGUUGUUCCUUCUACAAAGUUGCUUCCCUCAGACAAAGAAAGCAAAAUUUUAGAAAGGAGCAGAACUGGACACCGUCAAUUCAAGGAUCAGAUUGCCUCAAGCAAGAAUCGUAUCUCUAAAAAGUCAAUUAUCCAGUCUGUUGGUCCGAAACAAAGCUCCUGCGUUCCAGAUAUUGCAGCUAUUGGGCACAAUGGCAGCCACACUGAUAGCAGUCCCAUUAGGGCGCAUGCGCAUGUGGAUACUCCAGUGGCUGCUCUUCGCACAGUGGUCUUACAAAUGACUGCCCAUGUCUCACGAGAUCCAGUUAACGAACCUUUGCAAGAAGGAUCUCAGUUGGUGGCUGAACAGCGACCAAGUUAUCUUUCAUGUUUAAUUCAUCAAGAUUCUCCAAGCAACACACUGUCAUCACGGCUUGCAGCUGUACAGGAUGACACUGGUAAAUCACCUGCUCGAAAAAGGUCUUCAAGCAUUACUAAUCUUUCAUUGGAUCGAUCUGCUUCCCCUAUGCUUCCUUCUUAUGAAACUUCUAUCAGUCCACAGGCUAAUCGAGCUCACCUGAAGCCAGACACAGAGGAUGAAAGAAAAAUUCUUUUGGAUUCUUUCCAAUUGAAAGAGCUGUGGAAGAAGAUCUGCCAUCACAACAGUGGCAUGGAGUUUCAGGACCAUCGCUACUGGCUGCGAACACAUCCUAAUUGUAUUGUAGGAAAGGAGCUGGUGAAUUGGCUUAUACGAAAUGGUCACAUUGCAACAAGAGCCCAAGCCAUAGCAAUUGGUCAGGCUCUUGUGGAUGGAAGAUGGUUGGAUUGUCUGACUCACCAUGACCAGUUAUUCAGGGAUGAGUAUGCAUUGUAUCGGCCUCUUCAGAACACUGACUUUUCUGAAACACCAUCCCCUGAUAGUGAUUCUGUGAACUCUGUAGAGGGACACUCUGAACCAUCUUGGUUUAAGGAUAUAAAAUUUGAUGACAGCGACAAUGAGCAGACUGUAUAUGAAGGAGAGGACAGCUUGAUCAACUCUGCUAGCCCCAGUAAACGCACUUCAGUUAGCAGCUUUCAGUCUGCUGUGGAUAGUGAUUCUGCUGCUUCUAUUAGCCUGAAUGUUGAAAUGGAUAAUGUCAACUUCCACAUCAAGAAACAGUCAAAGUACCCUCAUGUUCCUCCUCAUCCUGCAGAUCAGAAAGCUUUUACCUCUGCUGGGCAAAGAUCAUUGGAUGAAGAACAAUCAAUACAUGUAGAAGAAUGUUUUUUGUGAGAAUCUCUGUUUAACCGGAGAGUGGAAGAAAAAUUCAAAGACUUCCUUUUCACUCCCUUGGGUUGGCAUCAUAGCAGCUUGGAGCAGUUGAGGGAAGAAAACGGAGAAAAACAAGCCAUGGAAAGACUGCUAUCUGCUAACCACAGCCACCUGAUAGCUCUUCUGCAGCAGUUGUUGUAUAGUGAAUCCCUUUCACUGUCUUGGAGGGAUGUUAUAAUUCCAGUGGUCUGCCAAGUGGUCCAGACGGUAAGGCCUGAUGUGAAGAACAAUGAUGAUGACAUGGACAUCCGGCAGUAUGUGCACAUAAAAAAGAUUCCAGGUGGAAAGAAGUUUGACACUGCAGUUGUAAAUGGAUUUGUGUGUACCAAGAACAUUGCCCAUAAAAAGAUGAAUGCUUACAUCAAAAGUCCAAAGAUUCUUCUGCUGAAAUGUUCUAUCGAAUACCUUUAUCGGGAGGAGACAAAAUUGACCUGUAUUGACCCAAUCGUUCUCCAGGAGAGAGAGUUCCUGAAGAAUUAUGUACAGCGAAUAGUUGAUGUCCGACCAAACCUUGUGCUCGUUGAGAAGACAGUCUCCCGAAUAGCUCAGGACAUGCUUUUGGAACAUGGUAUCACUCUGGUGAUUAAUGUAAAACCAGUAAAUAAAAUGAAAACACUGAUGUUUUUUGAAGGCUGUCCCCAACAUUUGGGCUGCACCAUCAAGCUGAGAGGAGCUUCAGAGUAUGAACUGGCACGCGUCAAGGAAAUUCUCAUCUUUAUGAUCCUCAUUGCUUAUCACUCACAGCUAGAAAUCUCCUUUCUUAUGGAUGAAUUUGCCAUGCCACCCACAUUAAGCAAAAGUGGCUCAUUUAAUUCAUUUAUUUCCAGUGAAGCACCUCAACCAGGAAAGCAGGUUCUUUUCAGUGAAGAGGUAAUUGCAAUCAGUAAAGAACUUGAUGUGUCUUUGGAGAAGUUGCCUACAGGAACUGAACCUGUGGUGGCUGAAGGAUUAGAUCAUGUUUUUCAUAGUACAUUUUUCAUUGAAGAUGAUCAGAAUGCUGUGCAUACUCUUCCUGACGUUGUAGCAGUGGAAGGAGAAAAACUGAAAGGUGUCAAGUCUGAACUGCUACCACUGCAGCAUAUGCUCAUCUCUACUCCUGCUGCUGGUUCUGAUGCCCUGGUACUUGAGACUGACCAUCAGCAUAUUCAGUCACAUUCAUGCCACAGAUAUGUUGAAACUGAACAGAAUUUGUCUGUGAUGAGUGAACCUUUACUUGGGCAUACUCUGGAAUCUGAAGAACAGCCAAGACUCUUUUGUGACCCCUUGCAGGAUGAUACAGGAAUGUACAUGACUGAACCAGUAACUUCCUCUGAGGACAGACUCAAAUCUUUUUCUGUGGCCUUCAGACAAGAAUUGAAAGAUGUUAUUUUAUGCAUAUCCCCAUUUAUAUCUUUCAAAGAGCCUUUCCUGUUGACAGAGAAAGGAAUGAAAUGUCCCACCCGAGAUUACUUUCCUGAGCAGGUAUUCCUGUCCCCACUGCUCCACAAAGAAUUCAGGGAUUUAGACUGCAGAAGAAAGAAACAGCUUUUGAAGGACCUGGCAGGUGUUCAAGGGAUGAAUGGAAACAUUCAGCCAAGAUCCAUCCGUAUUCUUCCUUCCCACGAGCUGCUCAAUACUAGGAUAACAGAUCACUUUAGUAGCAACUAUUGCUUGGCCACAUUGCUUGCUGAUUACAGGGCUAGAGGUGGCCGAAUCAAGCAGAGGAAUGAUGACCCUUUCACUAAAACAAAGGAAGUUCAAGGGAAGACUGGACCAAAAAGUGAUUUAGAGGAUGACAAAGGACAGUUACCUAAUGAUUUGUCUUGGACCACUAAGGUGGACUGCUUGAACCCUGUAAAUCACCAGAAGCUGUGUGUUCUCUUCAGCAGCUUUUCAUCGCAGUCCAACAAUGCACCUAAUCCUUGUGUCAGCCCCUGGAUAGUAACUAUGGAAUUUUAUGGGAAGAAUGACCUUGCACUGGGGAUUUUUCUUGAAAGAUAUUGUUUCAGGCCUUCAUACCAGUGCCCUAGUAUGUUUUGUGAAACUCCAAUGGUGCACCAUAUUCGGCGCUUUGUACAUGGGAAUGGCUGUGUACAAAUAGUUCUUAAGGAGCUGGACUCUCCUGUUCCUGGGUACCAGCACACAAUACUUACCUAUUCUUGGUGUAAAAUAUGCAAGCAGGUGACUCCAGUUGUUCCCCUUUCAAAUGAGUCUUGGUCCAUGUCAUUUGCCAAGUACUUAGAGCUGAGGUUUUAUGGAUAUCAGUACACUCGAAGGGCAAAUGCAGAACCAUGUGGUCACUCAAUUCACCAUGAAUAUCAUCAGUACUUCUCUUACAAUCAGAUGGUUGCAUCUUUCAGCUACUCUCCAAUCCGCUUGCUCGAAGUUACUUUCCCUCCACCCACAAUAUAUAUUCAGUGUCCAACUCUCAUAAAAAGUGCUGUCUUACAGGAUCUGAAAGAUUUUUCACAGCGUGUAUCCCAGGUGUAUUCUGCAGUAGAUGACCGUCUAACAUCCCUAAAAACAGACACUUUUAACAAAGUAAGGGAAGAGAAGAUGGAAGAUCUCUUUGCUCAGAAGGAGAUUGAGGAAGUGGAUUUUCGAAAUUGGAUUGAGAAGACCCAGACGAGGCUUUUCUCUGUGCAAAUGGAUGCUCAGCAUCAGCUUCAGUCUACUGUUGAGUCCGUCACUGCAAAGAAACAAAGUCUAUGUGAACUGCUGCAGGCUUGGAAUAACAGGUUGCAAGACCUUUUUCAGCAAGAAAAGGGCAAGAAACGGCCUUCUGUGCCAGCAAGUCCUGGAAGACCAAGACAAUCCGAUGAUUCGAAGGCCAGUGCACUGGACGCCUCACCAAGAAAUUCCUGUGCAGUCCUACAAAAUGGUGACAAAGAAGAUCGUGUGUUGACCAGUUUGAGCCAGAAUUCUAGCAGCUCCUCUCUCCUCCAGUUACCAUCUCCACCUGAUGUUAUGGCAGAAAGUUCCACAGCAGAAUUUCAAGAAUCUUCUUUGCUACCAUCUUCAGCUGAGCAGGAAGCCUUGAACAGUGCAGAAGAUGUAUUUGAUGGGCAUUUACUAGGCUCUACUGAUAGCCAGGUGAAGGAGAAGUCCACUAUGAAGACCAUUCUUGCAAAUUUGCUUCCAGGAAAUAGCUACAACUCUAUCCCAUUCCCUUUUGACCCAGACCAGCACUAUCUGAUGCAAGAACAUGAACGAGUGUCAGUUGUUGUAUGUGAGAGGGAACCCAGUAGUAUCAUUGCCUUUGCUCUCAGCUGCAAGGAAUACAGGAAUGCAUUAGAAGAACUUGCUGAAGAUGCCAUGAAAAGUGGUAGUGAAGAUGGAUUUCAGCAGAAGAAUAUUUCAGAUAACAGACCAAAGACAAAUAGCCCUGCACACCAACAUGAGAUGAACAGUACUUCAUUGUACCGCAGCACAGAAACAGAACUCCAAACCAAAAAGACUCCUGGAGUGCUUUCCUUUUUCCGAGGCACAGGAGGCAAGAGCCCAGAUCUGUCCUCUCAGAAGAGGGAGACUCUGCGGGGUGCGGAUAGUGCCUACUACCUGGUUGGACAGACUGGGAAAGAAGGAGCUGAAAAUUUGGGAGCGGAGCCCCAAGAUGAAGUUGAAGGAGGAGAUAAGCAGAGGAGGCAGCCAGCCAACCCUCACAUAGAACUCCAAUUUUCUGACACAAAUGCUAAGUUCUAUUGCCGGAUUUAUUAUGCUGAAGAAUUCCACAAAAUGAGAGAAGUGAUCCUGGGAAGCAAAGGAGAUGAUUUUAUAAAGUCUCUUGCUCACUGCUUACCAUGGCAGGCACGUGGUGGAAAAUCAGGAGCUGCAUUCUAUGCCACUGCAGAUGACCGAUUUAUCCUGAAACAGAUGCCGCGACUAGAGGUUCAGUCCUUUCUAGACUUUGCUCCACACUAUUUCAAGUAUAUAACAACUUCUGUUCAGCAAAAGAAACCUACAGCCCUUGCUAAAAUUUUGGGAGUGUACCGAAUUGGAUACAAGAACUCUCAGAACAACACAGAGAAGAAGUUGGACCUCUUGGUUAUGGAGAACCUCUUCUUUGGAAGAAAAAUUGCACAGGUCUUUGACUUGAAAGGCUCCUUACGGAAUCGAAAUGUGAAAACUGAAAGUGGCAAAGAGAGCUGUGACUUGGUCCUUUUGGAUGAAAACCUCCUGAAAAUGAUACGUGAUAAUCCUCUGUACAUCCGCUCUCACUGCAAGGCUGUGCUGAGGGCUUCUAUUCACAGUGAUGCCUUCUUCCUGUCCAGUCACCUAAUCAUCGAUUAUUCAUUGCUAGUGGGUCGGGACGACACCAGAGAUGAGCUAGUUGUGGGAAUAAUUGACUAUAUUCGCACAUUUACAUGGGACAAAAAACUUGAAAUGGUUGUGAAAUCAUCUGGAAUCUUGGGCGGUCAGGGUAAAAUGCCAACUGUAGUGUCCCCAGAGCUCUACAGAACUCGAUUCUGCGAAGCAAUGGACAAGUAUUUCUUGAUGGUACCUGAUCACUGGACUGGCCUAGGUGUGAACUGCUAACCUUCAUUAUCAGAACAGGAAUUCAAGAAUUUAAAGUCCUGAAACAGCACAUAUGACAAGGUGGCCACACCUGUAGGCUAGGUCAUAGUGCUUGUGGUGUUCAACCUGUUUACAUGGCAGUAUCGGUCUUCUCCGAGGACAGAAGUUUAAAUCAAGCUGAAUUUGUAAGGACUACCAUCAGCAAUAAGUGAAGCAUCAAACUGCACAAGGAGGAGAUUGGUUUCAAAGAAUGCCAGACUGAAAAAAAAAAUCAUCAAACACAGUGCAUUUAAAAAAAAACUGCCUAAAGUGUAGAUUUAAUUGUACUUGAAUGUGUCAGAAUGCAGUAAUGCUUUAUUGGAAUAUAGAAACAUGGACAUCACUGGUUUCAUAACCCUAGCUGGUUAAGCAGUUAACAUGUUAACUGGUAAUUUAUGCAUUAUGAUCAUGAUUGAUAUUGCUAAAGCAUUUGUUGUGAUGAAGUGCAUUUUCUCUUCAAUUACCAGAACAAUUCCCUGUGCAACAGUCUUGCAAUGAGGGAGGGUAGCUUUUCAUGGACAUCCAGUUCCAAAUUACUUGUUCCCCACCCAGCUUUUAUUCUUAAAUUUAGCAUGCUUCUAUGAAAGUAGCAUGUUAACCUUUACAUCUAGAAAUUGUAAGGGUGGGUACCUUUCCUGUGAGAUUAAAAGUUCAUUGUAAUGAAAAAAUAAGAUUACAGUACAGGAGCAAAUUUUAAUUGUAAUGUUUUGCUCCUCACCCCUAGUAAUUUGUUAUGCAGGAAUUUCAGUUUAGGCCCGCUGAUUCAUUAUUAGCUACCUUGAGUAAACUGAACUGGCCAAGUCAAGAGUUUCUCACUUCUUGUAUGCAUAUAUGCAAUGGUCCCAUUUAGGAGACAUUUUCAUUUGUUUUGUGCAAUAUUACAUUUUGUAAUGUAAAUAUAUAUAUGUAUGUGUUGAGUUUUUAUUAACUGCCUUAUUUUUAAUGCCUGAAAGUCAGUAUUUAUUUAGUUUUUGUUGUUGAUAAUAGAAAUAAGUUGCCCAAAAGACCACUUUUUUUCUUUUUUAACUGCCUGGGUUUAACGAAUGCACUUGCCAACUUCCAUAAGCAUUCUUGGAGCCUUGAAAGGCACAUACUGAUGUGACUCCCUUUUCUGUAUUAGAAAUGUCUUCAAAAUUUAAAGCAGUUUUUAAUGUGAUCAUCUUAAUAUAGCAGUGUGCCCUAUAACAUUUUCACUAACAUUCCAGUUUAACCACAGCAUUUUUCAGUUUUUCAUUUAUACAUUAUCACACAAAUAUAAUGUUAUGAGUACUUUCAUUUUGACUAGGGAACAAUGUUAACUAUAAAGAGGUUUAUACUAGAAAAGAAUGUAAUCAACUUCAUAGAUUUUAUUUAUUUUUAUGUGGAUUUCCAUUUAGCUUUAUUAAAUUAAAAUUGGGUAUUGUUCCAUUUUCCAGGGACUUGAAUUCCGCGGCAUACAAUAUGAAAACCAGUAUUCUUAAGUAAAAUCACUGUAUAGUUGCAUACUACAGAUAAGAGUGGUAAAAUGUAAUUUUCUUUUUGAAGGAAAACAGUGACUAUUCAGAAGUUGUUAUCUUCUGUUUGGAAGCAUUUACCUGUUUUCUGGUAUCCAGGUACUCUUACAGUUUAUGUACUUGACAGUUUGUUUUGGAAAAUCUAUAUUUGUUUUGUGUCUGAAGCAAGGGUAGAUGUUUUAUAAAGCUAAACAUUCAUCAUAAGGCACUGGACUGCUGUGAUUGCAGGCGGUUCAAAAGAAUGUAGAUAUUAAUUAAGUUAUAUUAAAGUCUACUUCCAUUUAUUUUGUUUUCCAUUAGAGCACCAUUCCUGACUGAAGAUGAACUCAGACUUCCACUUGUAAACUAUUUUGUAGCAUGUUGUGAUAAUGGAACACUUCAUGCCCUAAGAAAAGAUGCAUUUUGCCACACCAUAUUUUAAUGACAUCAGUUUAAGAAAAAUAAAUAAAAAGUAUUAAUUAUUUUAA